AUGAGGCUGCUCAAGUGGCUGAUUUUCCUGGCCCACUGGGGAGUCGCCAGGGCGGAACCAGGGAAGUUCUGGCACAUCUCUGACCUGCACCUUGACCCCGACUACAAGGUAUCCAAAGACCCCCUCCAGGUGUGCCCAUCAGCUGGCUCCCAGCCAGUACCCAGUGCAGGCCCCUGGGGGGACUACCUCUGCGACUCUCCCUGGGUCCUCAUCAACUCCUCCAUCUAUGCCAUGAAGGAGAUCGAGCCGGAGCCAGACUUCAUUCUCUGGACAGGUGAUGACACGCCUCAUGUGCCCGAUGAGAGGCUGGGAGAGGCAGCUGUGCUGGAAAUAGUGGAACGCCUGACGAAGCUCAUCAGAGAGGUCUUUCCAGAUACUAAAGUCUAUGCUGCUUUGGGAAAUCAUGACUUUCACCCCAAAAACCAGCUUCCAGCAGGGAGCAACAAUAUCUACAAUCAGGUGGCAGAACUGUGGAGACCCUGGCUUAGUAACGAAUCCAUCGCUCUCUUCAAAGAAGGUGCCUUCUAUUCUGAGCCUCUGCCAGGCCCCGGCAGGACUGGGCGAAUUGUGGUCCUCAACACCAAUCUAUACUACAGCAACAAUGAGCAGACAGCCUGUAUGGCUGACCCCGGCCAGCAGUUCCAGUGGCUGGAAGAUGUGCUGACCAAUGCGUCCCGAGCUGGGGAAAUGGUGUACAUUAUUGGCCAUCUGCCCCCGGGGUUCUUUGAGAAGACACGGAACAAGGCAUGGUUCCGGGAGAGCUUCAACGAGGAGUACCUGAGGGUGGUCCGGCAGCACCAUGGAGUCCUAGCAGGGCAGUUCUUUGGGCACCACCACACUGACAGCUUUCGGAUGUUCUAUGAUGAUGCAGGUGUCCCCAUAAGUGUCAUGUUCCUCACACCUGGGGUCACCCCAUGGAAAACCACGUUACCUGGAGUGAUCAAUGGGGCCAACAAUCCAGGCAUCCGGGUGUUCGAAUACGACCGAGCCACACUGAGCCUGCAGGAUGUGGUGACCUACUUCACGAACCUGAGCCAAGCAAACGAGCAGGGGGCGCCGCGCUGGGAGCUGGAGUACCGGCUGACCGAGGCCUACGGGGUGCCAGACGCGGGCGUCCUCUCCAUGCACGAGGCGCUGGGCCGCAUCGCUGGGGACCAGGGCGCACUGCAGCGCUACUACGCCUACAACUCGGUCAGCUACGAGGCAGCGGCCUGCGGCGAGGCCUGCCGAGCCGAGCACGUGUGCGCCAUGCGCCAGGUGGCCUUCCCCGCCUACGCCGCCUGCCUGCGCGCCCCCGGCGCCGCGCCCGCGCCCCGCCGCGCGCUCCUGUUGCAGGCGCUGCUGGGCCUGUGCGCGCUGCUCGCGCUCUGA